UGUCGUCACGUCAGCUUGUUUGGGCCCCCAAAUCAAAGAUGCACGAGUUUGCGUUACCCCGGCUUGUAGCUUAAAUUUUGCAAGUGGAAACAUGGCUCUCCACGCAGAGGGCAGCCGGGGCUUCUACUUCAACACCGUCCUGUCGCUGGCUCGCUCGCUGGCGGCGCACCGGCAGGCGCCCAUCGAAAAGGUGCAGAAGUUGCAAUGCAUGUGUCCUGUGGACAUGCGAGGAGUCUUCCAGCUGGACGAGCGAAGGCGGGAUGCGGUGCUGGCCUUGGGGAUCUUCUUGGUGGAGUCCAACUUGCAGCACAAAGACUCCAUCGUGCCCUACCUUCUCGGUCUGCUCAAAGGACUUCCAAGAGUGCAGUGGAUCGAAGAGAGCUCGGAACGCAAAGGACGAGGGACACUUCCAGUAGCGGAGAACUUCAGCUUCUGUUUUGUGACGCUGCUCUCUGAUGUCGCCCAGCGUGAUGAAAGCUUGCGUGGUCUGAUCCUUGAGACCAUCAUGGACGUCAUGCGAGCCCUACAAGAGCUGUGCACAAACCCCCAAUCCCAAGAUAAAGGUCCCAACUAUGUGGAUUACACAUGCCGCUACACAGUCCCCACCCUGCUUGGCGUGGCGCGUGCUUUCGGUCGCUACAGCAACACCGACGAGCCGUUGCUCUCAAAACUGUUCCCGCGGCCGGCGGCGCCACCCCUGACAGCGGCAGACGACAGCGAUGCCGCGCGAAGACGCUCCUUUAAUGACUUCCGCUCCAUCCUGCCCAGCUCCUUCCUCACCGUGUGCCCUGGGGACACCUUGAGGCGCAAGGGUUCGUCUGUGUCUUCUGUCUCGCAGCAGGCCAGUCCCGAGAGAACAGGGCUGACCCCGUGCUCCCCAGCUGACCCUUCAACACCAUACUUUGAAGGCUCGUACCUUCCCGACGGCAGCUCGGUGGACCCCAAUUACUACUUCUCCACCAUCAGCUCCAGCUUCUCCGUCUCUCCUCUCUUCACCGGCAGCAGCUGUGGAGAAUUCCACAUCCCUCUGGACACUCUCAAACAGCUUCUACACAUGGUUGAAGAAAUGGUUUCAGAGUCAUUUUUAAAGUCGCUGGAUGAAACUUUGGCAGAGCUGUCAGAGUUGAAUCCUGGCCUACAUGUGCACUACAAAAGCUUCAGUGAUCCACUAUAUGUCGCCAUAUUCAAAAUGCUCAGAGACACUCUCUACAACUUAAAAGACCUCCAGACGGACUUUGUAAAAGAGGUUCACGACUUUGUGCUGGAGCAAUUCAGCAGCAGCCAGUCAGAGCUGCAGAGGAUCCUGCACGAUGUGGAGUACCUGCAGAGUGAGCUGAGCCCACUCAAGCUGCGCUGCCAGGCUAACGCCGCCUGCGUGGACCUCAUGGUUUGGGCCGUCACUGAGGAACAGGGAGCUGAGAAUCUUUGUAGCAAGCUGUCAGAAAAGCUGCAAUCCAAGACAUCCAGUAAAGUCAUAAUUGCCCACAUGCCUCUCCUUAUCUGCUGCCUGCAGGGCUUGGGACGCCUGUGUGAGCGUUUCCCAGUGGUGGCCCACUCCGUUACCACGUCGCUGCGGGACUUCCUGGUGGUGCCCUCUCCGGUCCUGGUCAAGCUGUACAAGUACCAUAGCCAGUGCACUCCUGGAGGUGGUGAAAUUAAGAUCCACGUGACCAAUGAACACUCCCAGUCCACCCUUAGCACCAACCCAGGAAGCAAAAAGAGUCAGCCCUCCAUGUACGAACAGCUGAGAGACAUUUCCAUUGAUAAUAUCUGCAGGUGUCUGAAGGCGGGCCUGACCAUGGACAAUGUCAUUGUGGAAGCCUUCCUGGCUAGUUUGUCCAAUCGUCUUUAUAUAUCCCAGGAAAAUGACAAGGAUGCUCACUUAAUCCCAGACCACACCAUCCGGGCUCUGGGCCACAUCGCUGUGGCCCUGCGGGAUACUCCUCGUGUGAUGGAACCCAUCCUGCAGAUCCUGCAGCAGAAAUUCUGCCAACCGCCGUCACAGCUCGAUGUACUCAUCAUUGACCAGCUGGGCUGCAUGGUCAUCACGGGCAAUCAAUACAUAUACCAGGAAGUAUGGAAUUUGUUCCAGCAGAUUAGUGUGAAGGCAAGCUCUAUGAUCUACUCCACCAAGGAUUACAAGGACCAUGGGUACAGACACUGCUCUCUGGCCGUCAUCAAUGCUCUGGGCAACAUUGCGGCCAACCUUCAGGCAGAGCAGAUGGUGGACGAGUUGCUGGUCAACCUGCUGGAGCUCUUUGUCCAGCUGGGCCUGGAGGGCAAGAGGGCCAGUGAACGGGCAGCGGACAAAGGCCCGGCUCUUAAGGCAUCGAGUAGUGCUGGCAACUUGGGCGUUCUUAUCCCUGUCAUCGCAGUGCUAACUAAAAGGUUACCACCGAUCAAGGAGGCCAAACCACGCCUGCAAAAGCUCUUCAGGGACUUCUGGCUCUACUCUGUGGUCAUGGGUUUUGCUGUAGAAGGCUCAGGUCUGUGGCCUGAAGAGUGGUACGAGGGGGUAUGCGAAAUCGCUACCAAAUCCCCAUUGUUGACGUUCCCAAGCGGCGAGCCUCUCCGCUCCGAGCUGCAGUACAACUCUGCUCUUAAGAAUGACACGGUCACGCCGGCGGAGCUAAAUGAGCUGCGUAGCACCAUCAUCAACCUUCUGGACCCGCCUCCAGAGGGUGCCGCGCUCAUCAACAAGCUGGACUUCGCUAUGUCCACAUAUCUGCUGUCUGUUUACAGGCUGGAAUACAUGAGGAUGCUGAAUUCGUCGGACUCAGAACGCUUUCAGGUUAUGUUCCGCUAUUUUGAAGACCGAGCCAUCCAGAAGGACAAAUCUGGCAUGAUGCAGUGCGUAGUCGCUGUCAGCGACAAAGUCUUUGAAGUCUUCCUGCAAAUGAUGGUUGAGAAAGCAAAAACCAAAGCUCACGAAGAGGAGCUGGAGCGUCACGCGCAGUUCCUGCUGGUCAACUUCAAUCACAUCCACAAGAGGAUCCGCAGAGUGGCUGAUAAAUAUUUGUCCGGGCUGGCCGAAACCUUCCCCCACUUGCUGUGGAGCGGCCGUGUGCUGAAGACCAUGCUGGACAUCCUGCAAACACUCUCACUCUCGCUCAGCGCUGACAUCCACAAGGACCAACCUUACUACGACAUUCCAGACACUCCAUACAGGAUCACAGUCCCUGAUACACACGAAGCCCGAGAGAGCAUAGUAAAGGAUUUUGCCGCUCGCUGUGGAGAAAUCCUGAAAGAGGCCAUGAAAUGGGCUCCAUCUGUUACCAAAUCCCACCUGCAGGAAUACCUGAACAAACAUCAGAACUGGGUUUCUGGUCUGUCGCAGCACACUGGCCUGGCCAUGGCUACGGAGAGCAUCUUGCACUUUGCUGGCUUCAACCGGCAGAGCACCACACUUGGGUCCACUCAGUUGAACGAGAGGCCAGCCUGCGUGAAGAAGGACUACUCCAACUUCAUGGCCUCCCUUAACCUGAGGAACAGAUAUGCCGGAGAGGUGUCGGGCAUGAUCCACUUCGCCCAGGCGGCGCGGGGCCAACAAGACCUGGGCCGCUUGAUGGUGAAGCAGAUGGGAGAGGCUCUGGACUCGGCCCAGCCUGAAGGCUUUACCGAGGCCAUGUUCAAACUGGCUGCCUUGCUCAUCAGCAGCAACGAGUGCGACCCACAGCUGCUGCAUCACCUCUGCUGGUCUCCUCUCAAGAUGUUCACUGAGCAUGGCAUGGAGACAGCCAUUGCUUGCUGGGAAUGGCUGCUGGCAGCACGUGUUGGCGUGGAAGUACCGUUUAUGCGUGAGAUGGCAGGCGCGUGGCAGAUGACAGUGGAGUUAAAGAUGGGCUUAUUCUCCGACACCCAGCGGGAAGCCGACCCACUGGCGGCGUCCGAGGAGAGCCAGCCCGUCCCCUGCCCACCGGAUGUCACCCCACACCACAUUUGGAUCGAGUUUUUGGUGCAGAGGUUCGAGAUAGCCAAGUACUCCAGUGCCGACCAGGUGGAGAUCUUCUGUAGUUUGCUCCAGCGGUCGCUCUCUCUCAAUGUGGGCGGGGCCAAGAGUUAUCUCAACCGACACGUCGCUGCGAUCGGUCCUCGCUUCAGGCUCCUGACACUGGGCCUUGCUGUUCUCCACUCCGAUGUCAUUAUCAAUGCCACUGUCAGAAAUGUGCUGAGAGAGAAGAUCUAUUCUACAGCCUUUGAUUAUUUCAGCGUCUCUCCAAAGUUUCCCACCCAGGGGGACAAGCGGCUGCGCGAAGACAUCAGCAUCAUGAUCCGCUUUUACGCCAGCAUCCUAUCAGACAAGAAGUACCUGGCAGCGUGCUACCUGGUGCCCCCUGGUGAGCUUGGUACCACCCCGGCCCCGAGCACCCUCUCUGCCGGGAUAUUCGGAUCGCUUAUCGUGUCCAGCACUUCUCCGAUAUCAAUCUUAAACAACCAAGACCCGUCUCUGAACAGUUUGUCAGUGAUGAACGCCGCCGACAUGCGCAGUAAUGUCGACUCCAGUUCUCGCUCACAGCAGAGCGGCCAGGGAUGGAUCAACACGUACCCCCUUUCCAGUGGCAUGUCCACCGCAUCCAAGAAAUCUGGAGCGUCCAAGAAGAGCAACCGAGGGACGCAGCUUCACAAAUACUACAUGAAACGCAGGACCCUCUUGUUGGCUCUGCUGGCGAGCGAGAUCGAGCGCCUGAGCACGUGGUACAACCCGCUGUGCACUCAGGAGCUGGCCAUCGCCACCGAGCAGUCGGUGGAAACCAGCAUUGCCAACUGGAGGUCCAAAUACAUCAGCUUGACUGAAAAGCAGUGGAAGGACAACGUCAACUUAGCCUGGAACAUCGCACCUUACCUUGCCAUGCAGCUGCCCAGCAGAUUCAAGAACGAUGCCAUCACGGCCGAGGUGACCCGGCUGGUGCGUUUGGACCCCGGCGCCGUGAGUGAUGUCCCGGAAGCUGUCAAGUUCUUGGUGACAUGGCACACGAUUGACGCCGACUCUCCGGAGCUGAGCCACAUUCUUUGCUGGGCCCCCGCCGAUCCACCUACAGGACUAUCCUACUUCAGCAGCAUGUAUCCACCGCACCCGCUCACCGCCCAGUAUGGCGUCAAAGUGCUGCGCUCCUUCCCUCCGGACGCCAUCUUGUUCUACAUCCCGCAAAUUGUACAAGCGCUGCGCUACGAUAAGAUGGGUUACGUGAGGGAGUACAUCCUGUGGGCCGCGCAGAAGUCUCAGCUGCUGGCCCACCAGUUCAUCUGGAACAUGAAGACCAACAUCUUCAUGGAUGAGGAGGCGCACCAGAAAGACCCUGACAUCGGGGAGCUGCUAGAGCAAAUGGUGGAGGAGAUCACGGGAUCGCUAUCGGGUCCGGCCAAAGACUUCUACCAGCGAGAAUUUGACUUCUUCAACAAGAUCACCAACGUAUCAGCUAUCAUCAAGCCAAUACCCAAAGGGGAGGAGAGAAAACGAUGCUGCCUGAAGGCUUUAUCAGAUAUCAAAGUUCAGCCAGGCUGUUACUUGCCCAGCAACCCCGAGGCCAUUGUUUUGGAUAUCGACUACAAGUCUGGAACCCCGAUGCAGAGCGCCGCCAAAGCUCCUUACCUGGCCAAGUUCAAGGUAAAGCGCUGCGGCGUGAGUGAGCUGGAGCGCGAGGGCCUUCGCCACCCUUCUGACUCGCCGGACGAUGAUGAGAACAACGCGGAUGGAGCGCGGCGGGUCUGCUGGCAGGCGGCCAUCUUCAAAGUGGGUGACGACUGUCGUCAGGACAUGUUAGCUUUGCAGAUCAUUGGACUAUUCAAGAACAUAUUUCAGCUCGUGGGACUGGACCUGUUCGUCUUUCCUUACCGGGUGGUGGCCACAGCUCCUGGGUGCGGCGUAAUCGAGUGCAUCCCGGACUGCAAGUCCCGCGACCAGCUGGGCAGGCAGACUGAUUUUGGCAUGUACGACUACUUCCGUAACCAGUACGGUGAUGAAUCCACGCUGGCCUUCCAAAAGGCUCGCUACAACUUUAUUCGCAGCAUGGCGGCAUAUAGCCUACUGCUCUUCCUGUUGCAAAUUAAAGACAGACACAAUGGCAACAUCAUGCUGGACAGCAAAGGACAUCUCAUCCACAUCGACUUCGGCUUCAUGUUCGAGAGUUCCCCAGGGGGCAACUUGGGCUGGGAGCCCGACAUCAAGCUGACGGACGAGAUGGUGAUGAUCAUGGGGGGUAAGAUGGAGGCCACACCCUUUAAAUGGUUCACAGAGAUGUGCGUGCGAGGCUACCUGGCCAUACGUCCCUACAUGGAUGCUGUGGUGUCUCUUGUUACGCUCAUGCUGGACACGGGACUGCCAUGCUUUCGGGGACAAACCGUCAAACUCCUCAAAGGCAGGUUUAAUCCUCAGAUGAGCGAGAAAGAAGCAGCGGCGUUCAUCAUCAAGGUCAUCCAAAGCUGCUUCCUCAGUAGCAGGAGCAAGACAUACGACAUGCUGCAAUACUACCAGAACCAAAUUCCCUACUGAGCUCGCCACGGCGUUACAAGGCAGCAAUAACUCCAUUUUAGUCGUUUACCAAGAGAGCUAGUUGAAAUCACCCUUCGAGUGUUCACCAUCAUAAUCAUCACUCCAGUGCACUUUAUUUCUCACAGUAUUCCCACGUUAUCAUCAAACAAGCUGCAGUGUUUUGGUCUAUUAUCUUUGUAUUAUUUAUCAGGCCACGAGGAAAAAUCAUUCUGUAAGUGGCGCGUUACAUUCCAGAGGGGCACACAUGUGCAUUCUGGGAACUUUGAGAGACCAAAUCAGAGGAUGAGCUUUUUUUCCCCCCUCCCCCUUACAGUAUUCAGUCCAGGGGUGUCCAAACUACGGCCAUUGGGUCAAAUUAUGAAAAUGUUAUUGAAUAUGGCCCAUACAAGAAGCUUAAAUUCAUCCUACAUUGUUUCACUUCUCAGAUUUAACAUUAGAUUGAAUCAGUCACUUAAAUAGGACCUCUCCAUUAGCUCAGACAUGCUGGAAUCAAUGUAGGAAAUUAGAAUUUCAGUAUUUUGUUUUAAGGAAGUUUAUAUGUUUAAAAAAAAUCCAAUAAUGAUAAAUGCUGCGUGUGAUUUUCUCAAUUAUUGUCUCUUUCGUCUGCAAACUUUCAGCAGUGUAAAUAUAAAAUUGCAAUAUCCUGACACUGCUGGAUUAUUUAGUUGCUUGUAGCCCUUUACUCAUUCACUGCUAAUCGACACUUACAGAAGUCAAAUCUAUUUCAGCUGGCGUUAAGUGCUCAUGUUUCACUACUAUUGAUGGUGACAGAUGUUCAAUCCAGUUUGACCUCCCAGUCAAAAUGGGUUGGACGCCUGUGUUGAGGUGGUUGCAGCUCAACGUUGCAUUCGUAGGAAGAAUUGACGGAGAAUAAGUUGUCUUUUAGCCAAAACUUGGCGUGUUUAAUUUCCAUUGACAUGCGGAUACAUCCUCUCUCAUUGCUGUCUUCACAGGCAAUCCCACAAAUCAAAGUCAUCAAAGUCAAACACAAAGAAGUAAUAAAUCUAGCACUUUAGACAAUUAAGUCCCAUCCUGCCAUCUUGUGGCGAAAAGAUAAUAUGUCAAUAAUAACAGGCAAUAGGAACAUUAUUUCAACAACAACUGAGGACACAUUUAUGAAUACAAAACAUUUCCUCCACCAUUUCUCUCAACAGCCUGUCACCGACAAUGGCAGCCAAUGAGUUAUUACCUAGUUGGCCCUUGCAUCCUUUGAUUUUUCUGAAAAUUUGGACACCCCUGAUUUAGCUACUUUUUUAAACGUAUUUAACUUUACGUGUAAAAGAGAACCUCCUCUUUACAUUAUUUGCUGUAAAUCAUUUUGUGACACUUCUCGGACCUGAAAAAAUAAAAAAAAAACAAGCCAUAUCUUACUUGACGCGAGCAACCCUCGUUAUGCAAAAAUGAUCCACGUGCUGUGUUUUGAGGUUUGUUUUUCCAAUGUGAAAAUGUGCAAUUUGUCCCGACUUGACUCAUCCAGGACCACUAUGGAGAAAUGUCCUUAUGCGAGCAAGCAGACUUCUUAAGAAUUGUACCUUCAACCCAUGCUCAUCGACAAUAGGCACAUUAAUAAACCUCUGUUUCUUCUGUGAAAUGUUUUUUGUUUUCAAUGUUUGUAGGUUCAUUCCACUGUUGUCAACUGUCACAGCUCCAAAAUAAAAGUGUCAUCGGAG